CCAAUAUUUUCUUCUUUUAGUACAAGUUGUUGUAAACACCAAAAAAAUAAAAAAAUAAAAAAAUUUACGCGACACUCAUCUCUAAGGGGAUCUUUUGGUCUAUCUGUGGUUAGUUUGCAUGAUCUUCAUUUCCUCUCCUUUUUUAUUUCCCCCUCCUCUUCUUCGAUUGGAAAACCAUGGAAACGAAAAAGGGUUUUGAUGAUUUUUACAAACAUUGCAACUCAAAAGCCAAUUCAAAUUUUGCUGGCAUUGAAUCUUGUUACUGCUCGUUGGUCCUUAUUGUAAGCCAAAGGUUCGGCUGGCAGCUUUCUACGAUGACAAAAGAACAAGAGAGGGCAGGUACCCAGAACAUCGUUUCAGCCACAGACAAACACACAUGAGACUAUCAAGUUUGUUGGUUUUGGGUAAUGGUUCAC